AAGCUGGCUAAUGAGCACGCUCUCUGAGCAAGGGAAGCAGGGAAGUGACGGGGUCAGGGCGCUGGGUUCCAAGGGAGCAGGGAUGCGGAACUGCACGGGUCUAGCUCUCUGUGUCCUUGCACUCCUGUCAGGCUUCCUGAUCAUCUGCCUGGGGGCCUUCUUCAUCUCCUCCGGCUCCAUCUACAACUGUAGAGGGAAUUUGAUCCUGGCCUAUUUGCUUCUGCCUCUGGGGUUCGUGAUACUUCUGAGUGGAAUUUUCUGGACCACCUACCGCCAGGCCAGUGAAAACAAAGGGAUGUUCAGCCAUGUGUUCAGACAACACCUUGCUUGUGGCGCCCCGGCCCUGGCCACAGUGGACAGGCCAGAUUUUUACCCUCCUGCUUAUGAAGAGAGUCUUGAUGCUGAAAAGCAAACCUGCCCUGCAGAGGGAGAGGCCUUGGAUGUUCCUCCGCCUCUGUACACAGAGCUGGACCUUGAAUUUGAGGAUGACACUGAUGCUCACCGAGAGGCCCCACCUUCCUAUGACGAGUCUGUAGCAGGCGGCGGCGGCAGCGGCGCCAUCGCAGGAUGCUGAGAGGCAAAGCCGAAAGGGCUGGAGCAGGGGAAGCUCUCCAGCACACGUCACGCCCUCAUGGGACACAGCUGCUAAUAAUAAACGCAAGCAUGGGACUGUGGGAGGAAAAGCCAUGUCAGUGACCCCGAGCACAAGCUCCCCAGGGGAAUGCUUGAGUCUCUAAGAAAUCUUUUCAGCUUUAUUAUAUUUUAUUAUGUGUUUUCAUACAAGAGGACAAGUCGGAUGGCAGCGGGGUGGACAGAGAUGCAGUCUGAUGCUUUAGAGCUUGGAUAAGAAACUUGGUCUCGCUGGGCCUCAGUUUCCUCCUCGAUCAAGGGAGGAAUUUAUGCUGAGAUUCAUAUCUUACAAUUAUGGGAUGCUUUUUAGAUGGCAGCCUCUGUGCUAUGAACUUUCUAUGCUUCCUUGUUAGCCCUUAGGAUAACCUUCAGAGAUGGGUGUGAUGAUUAUUCCCAUUUUACAGAUGCAUAAAUUGAGACUUUGAGAAGUUAAGAAAGUUUUCAAAUAACAUACAGUUAUUUUCCAGGGUGUUGAAGGAGGGUCUAUAGAGGGCCCCUGGAGGGUGUAUUUACUGUCAACGUUUGUGCUAAGUUAAUCCUGUCUUAGGUCCCUCCUCCCAGGGAGCAGUUUGGACUUCUCUCUCCCUUCAGAAAGUGGGCCCUCACAGAAGUGGCGCCCCAGGGGUGCUGCAAUCCUUAAAGUCCUUGGAGAGGCAGCGGAGACUCUUUUCAUGGCUUAACUUCCCUCUGAAAAUGCAAAUAUGCCGUCCAUGUUUUCUGCCCAGGAACUUGGCCCUCAUCUCCUAGUGUAGUUUCCUUUCCUACUGAUGACGAGAGAUGGUCCCUAAAGGUAACAGGCAGCCCUGGGUGAAUGGGCGCAGGAGGGCCCUUGGAUUGCCGUGGGAAGGGUGAAGAGCUUUCAAGGAGGAAGAGGGUUGUCGAGAUGAGAUGGGGCCCCCAUGGCCUCCUCUUCCCUGGGACUGCUGAGUGCACAGAUGAAGCAUGUCCUGACAAGCAGACAGGAAGCCACAUAAAAAAAAAUUCUGGUCCCUUCACACAAAGACUGAAUUAGGGCAUCUGUGACUUGAACCCUUGACACCAAGGACAUAACUGGAUAUUACAGGCCACUCGUGGUUGUCCAAUGAAGGUGAUCAUUUGUUAGCAAUGCAAUUUAUUAUUCAUCUCUUUCAAUCCCUCUACUGAGAUUUUAUCCUGAAAUUACCCCUGGGGUUUGAGUACAUGCACUGAUCUGAACAAGCUCUAUCACUGGGUUUUCAUCCAGAGUUUGCAUUUAUAAUAGAUGGUUUUUCCAACUACUGGUAGUCAUGUGAAAAAAAUAUUAAUUUUUGGUUUACAUAGGAAAAUAGUGUUAAUCCCUUUACUGCAAUAAAUUUUGUACUUAAACUUUC